GUUGUAACAUAUAAACAUUUUAUAACAUUUAAUUAUUAUUUUAAUAAAUAUAAAUAAAUAAUAAUUUUUUGUUUUUUUUUUUUUUUUCUUUAUUUAUUUGUUUUAAAAAUUAAUUACUAUUACACACCCCACGCCACAUUACAAAAAUAUAUUAUAAUAAUUUAAAAUAAUAAUAAUUAUAUUUUUUAUAAUAAUUUUUUUUCAUUAAUAGUUUUUUCAUUUAUUUUAAUAUUAAAAUUUAAUAGUAAUAAUAUUUAAAUAAUACCCACCACACAUCCUUUUUUCUUAUUUUUUUAUUCCACAUCACAUAAUUUUUAUAAUAGCAAUAAUAAAUUAAAUUUAAAAAAUGUGUGAAGAUAUGUUUGUUUAUUUAUUUGGAUAUGGUAGCUUAAUUUGGAGACCGGGUUUCCCAUAUUCAAAAAAAUUCAAUGCAUUUAUUAAAGGAUAUAAACGUAUGUUUGUUACAAAAUCUAGGGAUCAUAGAGGUACAGAAGAAUUACCAGGACGUGUUGUAACAUUAGUUAAAAAACCAGAGGAUGAUCCCUCAGAUGAAGAAUGGAUAGCCUGGGGCACAGUAUACUCAAUUGCAGACGAUGUAGCACAACCAAUUUUAAAGAAUUUAGACUAUAGAGAAAAGGGAGGUUACGAAAGACAUGAACUAGACGUAUUUUUAGCAGAAGGUGAAGAAUCAUAUGGAAAAGCAAUUGUUUAUUUAGUAUCACCUGAUAAUAUAGAUUAUGUUUCAGAAAAUGAAACAACCUCAACCAUUGCAGAUACUAUUUUUAGAUCAGUGGGUGCAAGUGAUAAAUCUUUGGAACUCUUAAAUAGACACAAACGUUUCUACGCGAAACCAUUGGGUCAAAUUUGGGUUGAUGACGGUGCUGUCCAAGCAAUUUCUCAACGUGCAAAAUCUUUAUUACCAGUUGGUAUCAUUAAAAUGGUUGGUGAUUUUUCUAAAAACUCUUUAGUAUCAAUUUUAGAUGCAAACUCAAAUCCAAUUUCUCGUGGUAUUACAAACUACUCCUCCAACGAAAUUUUAAAUAUAAUAGGCAAACAAUCCAAAGAUUAUUUCAAUACAUUAGAUGGUUAUACAAAUGAAGCCGUUAUUGAUCAUAACAAUCUAAUUUUAUUAUAAAUAUAUAAAUAAUAAAAAUAAAAUAAAUAUUU